AUGCCUUGGAGGCACACCCAGGCAAGCCAUCAAACCUCAACCCUCCCAAUCCUCCCUCAGGCGCUGAAGAAAGCAAACACACCAUACACUUCCAGUCCAGCAACGGGAUUGCACUCGAGAAUCCCUUCCAGAGCAGCCUCUUCAACUGGCGUGAAUUUCUCGGCCUCACAGAGGUAUUUUCGUUCUCGGCGAGUUAAGAAAGAGGAAAUCCAGAAGCCAUGGUUGGACAAAAAAGACCAUGGAGGGAAAUGGAAUAACGCCAUUGUUUUGAUUGGGCUCUUCCUUGGCAUAGCGCUUUUCGGUUUUCUCAUCUAUGACGGAAUUCGGGGAGUCAUUACCCAUAAGUACUGCCCUGUUUUGAUAGAGGACUUUACCUCCUGGAAUGACCAGGUUUGGACCAAGGAGGUAGAAGUUGGUGGUUUUGGUAACGGCCAGUUCGAAGAGACGACUAAUACAGACGAGAACGUAUAUCUUGAUAAUGGAGUGCUUGUCAUCAGGCCCUCUCUUCAGGACCAGAACCUCAUCGAAAACAAUAACACUAUAGACCUGCGCGACAUGGGUUGUACGGGAACAAAGUGGACCGAGUGUGUAGCCACUACCAACACCACAAAUGGAACGAUCGUCAAUCCUGCCAAAUCUGGGCGUGUCAACACCAAGCUUGGAGCAUCAAUCAGAUUCGGUCGCGUCGAGGUCACAGCCCAACUUCCUGCUGGAGACUGGCUCUGGCCUGCCAUCUGGAUGCUUCCGACCGACAACAAAUACGGAGAGUGGCCAAAGUCUGGUGAGAUUGACAUCGCGGAAAGUCGUGGGAACAAUUGGACGUAUGGCCAAGGCGGGAACAAUGUUGUUAGCAGUACUUUACACUUUGGUCCUAGUAAAGAUAAUGAUGGAUGGUGGCGCAACAAUGUGAAGCACCAGACGCAACAUGGUACAUACUCGGAUGACUUCAAUACCUUCGGCGUUGAGUGGAGUGAGAGAUACGUCUUUACUUACAUCAAUUCUCGGCUUAUGCAAGUCAUGUACACACACUUCAACCAACCCUUCUGGCAAUACGGCAAGUUCCCACUCUCCGACAGCAACGGUACCCGAAUCCUAGAUCCAUGGAGCUACACUGGUAACGAUGCCACACCGUUCGACCAAGACUUCUACCUUAUUCUCAACGUAGCUGUUGGCGGUGAGAACGGUUGGUUUAAGGACGGAAAGUCUGGAAAGCCAUGGGUUGACGGCAGCCCCACGGCUAGGAGGGACUUCUGGAAAGCUCGUAAUUCGUGGUACCCAACCUGGAGUAAGCAAGGGUUCAUGAAGGUUAAGAGUGUCAAGAUGUGGCAGCAAGAGGGAUAUAAUGGUUGCAACCCACAAUAAGGGUUGACUAUCGCAUCACUAUUACAAGGGGGUGUAUGGUUGGUCGCUUGCAUGGAUUGCUUGUGUGGAUUGAUGGUUCAUGGGACAGGAUUUGUGUCAAGUGUAC